AUGUUUCUGUGGCUGUUGCUGCUGAUCCUGGCUCCCGGRGGAGAACAAUCACAAGUACCACCCAAAGCUGUACUUCUGCUMGAUCCUCCAUGGUCCACAGUCUUCRAGGGASAARMGAUGAUUCUCAMAUGYRUSAAUCACCAWUUGCAAUCCCAGGAAGGCRCAUCUUGGUAUYGGRAYRAURAAUUGAUUGACRAAACAUCUGGAAGGAUCCUAAUCRAAACAUCUGGUUCUUACCAAUGYAAGACCCAAGGAUCCUCCUWCAGUGACCSUGUACAUGUGGAAUUUUCAUCUGACUGGCUGAUCCUCCAGGUGCCAUACCCGGUCUUUGAAGGAGAUGAUAUAGAUCUGAGAUGCCUAGGGUGGGAAGAGGAGAUAAUACAUAAAAAGAUUUACUACAAAGAUGGAAAACAACUUCCUGAUGGUGAUAACUCAGACUUCAUCAGAUUACAUUCAGUCCGCCAAGACGAGAGCAAAUAUCAUUGUGCUGUUUCUAAGGAAUUUUCUUGGGAUUCUUUUUGGAAAGAAACUUCAAAAUCCCUAAGUAUCCAAGUUCAAGAGCUCUUUCCACGUCCUGUGCUGAAAGCCAGUCCCUCCCAGCCCAUUGAGGGAGGCCCAUGGACUCUGACCUGUGAGACGCAGCUUGCUUUUCAGAGGUCMYAUGUCCAGCUCCAGUUCUGCUUCUUCAGAGAUGGCCAUACCCUGGGGWCAGGCUGCAGCAGCUCCCCAGAGCUCCAGAUGCCCACAAUGGGGAGCGAAGAUUCGGGGCUCUACCGGUGUAAGGCAGAGGCAGCAACUCCCAGAAUCAUGAAAAUGAGCCGGGUAUCCCGUAUCCUUGUGCAGAGAAUCCCUGUAUCUGAUGUGAAUCUAGAGAUCCAGCCCCCAGGGGGGCAGCUGAUUGAAGGAGAAAAUCUGGUCCUUAUCUGUUCAGUAGCCGAGGGCACAGGGAAUAUCACAUUCUCCUGGCACAAAGAGGGAAUAAGUCUGGGCAGAAAAACCCAGCGUUCCCUGUUGGCAGAGCUGCGAGUGCCSGCCGUGCAGAAGCGUGAUACUGGGAGGUACUACUGUGCAGCUGACAACAACCACGUCCCCAUCCUCAGCAAGCGGAUUACCGUCACCGUGAGAAGUCUUGUGUCCCGCCCUGUGCUCACCCUCAGGGCUCCCAGRGCCCAGGCUGUGGUGGGGGACGUGGUGGAGCUUCACUGCGAGGCCCUGAGGGGCUCUCCCCCGAUCCUGUACCAGUUUUAUCAUGAAGAYGUCACCCUGGGGAACAGCUCGGCACCUUCUGGGGGAGGAGCAUCCUUCAACCUCUCYCUGACUGCAGAACAUUCUGGAAACUACUCCUGCGAGGCCGACAAUGGCCUGGGGGCCCAGCGCAGUCACGGAGUGAGUCUCCACGUCCUAGUUCCAGUGUCCCACCCUGUCCUCACAUUCAGGAUUCCCAGGGUCCAGGCUGAGGUGGGGGACAUGGUGGGGCUUCACUGCGAGGCCCUGAGGGGCUCUCCCCCGAUCCUGUACCAGUUUUAUCAUGAGAACGUUAUCCUGGGGAACAUCUUGGCUCCCUCUGGAGGAGGAGCAUCCUUCAACCUCUCCCUGACUGCAGAACAUUCUGGAAACUACUCCUGUGACGCUAACAAUGGCCUGGGGGCUCAGCGCAGUGAGGUGGUGGCACUCAGCAUCACAGGGAAUUCCAGGAGAAGAAUUGUUCUUAUGACCACAGGACUCACUGGGGGAUUGCUCCUCAUCCUUGUCUUUGCUGCUACUUGGCUGUAUCGCAUCAAGAGCCAAAAGAAACCAGGAAGACUUCCGGCCACGGGGACACCUAGUUACAGUCCCAGUGAACAUCAGGAGACUUCCGGGUUUGGGCCCUCCAGCCUAGAUGCCCAGGAGCCCCCCUUCUCUGAGCAAUUAGUCCAACUGGAGCUGCAGCCAGUGUACAGCAAUGUGAAUCCUGAAGAAGGAAACCUGAUUUAUUCUCAGAUCAGGAGCAUCCCGAAUACAAACGGAAUUUCAGCCAAUUCACCGCGGACGCCUAGGAACAGUAAGGAACCUGUGGUCAUUUAUUCAGAAUUGAAGAAGGCACACCCGGAGGACUCUGCAGGACCGGCCAGCCGAAGAGGCAGUGACCACGAGGACAUUACAGAAAAUUAUGAGAAUGUCUCAUGGGCUCCAGCAGCCUCAGAGCACUAG